CUUAAAUUUUAUCUCGUUUAUCUUUAAUAGUGUUGAAAAAUGCAUGAUUAACGUAGAUCUUAAUAUAAGAAAAAUAGGUAUAUUUAACAUAAUUAUACAGGAGUAUAUUGUAUAUUUGAUAUCAAAAUAUUAAAUAUACAUUUUACAUUGUAUUUAUUCUUCUUUCGGUUUAGUUCACCCAUAUAUAGGAUCGGUUAACUUUCGGUUUUGAUAACCUCUAUAUAUCAGUCAAAAUUUAUGAAUAAGUUUGUAGUGAUAUUACAAUGGAUCUAAACGCCAUUUCAUCCCAUUUGAAAUGCCCACUUUGUAAGGAACUUUUUGAAAAUCCUAAACAUUUACCGUGUGGACAUGAUAUAUGUGAAAGGUGUUUACAAUGUCAUAUAAUUCGGACAGUUCCAAUGGUCGGAUAUAAUAUAUAUGAUUUCUUAGAUAAGAAAACUCCGGAUAUUAAACCUUCAGAAACAUAUUUUAAUUGUCCUAUUGAUAAGAGGGAAUUAACACCGCUAAAACCAUCGCAGGAAGUGAGUAAAUGGGCUAGUCAAUUCGAAAAUAAUCUAAAAUUAGUGACAAUGCUAGAAAUUUGCAAUGGGAAAGUAAGAGGUGUAACAGAGUAUUGUGACAAUUGUAUUGAGGUGUCACAAAAAGUUGCAGCCACUUCUGUUUGUUUCACAUGCACGGAGAAAUAUUGUGUACAGUGCGCUUUUAUUCACAGGCAUACACACCCGAAAGACUCUUUAUUGAACCUCUCUGCAGUUAAGUGUGUUUUGUCAGACAACUCCCAUAUUGCCGUUGAAAAUUGCAAGAUUCACAUUUUCCGACAACUUAUUCUUUACUGCUUAAACUGCGAAGAAAAAUGCUGCAGGACAUGUCAGAAGACGAUGCACGUAGAUUGUAAACAUGUGACACAACUCGACGAUGAAUUUGGUGAGUAUGGAGUAGGUCAUUCUCUGGAACAACUGGUCGACCGAUUAAAAAAAGUGUUGUGUCAGUUAUCAGUUAUAAUGAAAAAUGAUCUGGAACUUUUUGAUAAAGCUAAGGAAUUGAUAGGUAUGGAUAACAGAGUAAAAUGUUACAACUUUGAUGAUAUGUUAGGUGGCGUUCGAUGUGGAAUUACUCGCUUGGAAUCAUAUCAUGAACAAAUACAACUGUCUCUGAACUAUCUAAAUGAACUCAAACAGGAAACAGUAAAAACAAAGCCAUACAGAGUUAUCCAAACCGAGAUAGAAUGCCAGCAAAUGGAAAAAGCAAUAGAAUGUCAUAAGAAAUUGGCACUUGACAAUUUUGAUAGGCUUGAACAGUUUAAAAAUGUUCUAGAUAAACACAAACGUGAAAACAAAAGCAUGGGUAUUGUACAUUUGCCUAAUAGGAGGAAUAAGAACUUAACAACAAAGCAAAUUGACUAUUUUGGUGAACUUGUGAACAUAAAAUCUGACAACAAACUUGUUGACAUGAGUGAAAAAGUAAGACUGGUGCAUAAGAUUAACAUGCGCGCAAAUGAUGAUGACAAUGACUGCUGGCUUACUGACUGCUUGUUUUUAAAGGUUGAUUUCCUUAUCAUAGCUGAUAAAGCAAAUGAAUGUAUCAAGUGGAUAAUUAACAAUGGUCAGAUAAAUAGCCUCGUUUUGAAAUCCGGUCCACAAUGUUUAGCUGUCGAUAAACAAGGGAACACUGGCUGUGUAACUCUUCCCUAUGAUAAGAGAAUUCAGUUCUUUUGUAUCAAAGAUACCUCUAUAAUGUUGACAGAUAAUCUUCAGACGAAGCAGAAGUGCUUUGGCGUAGAUUUUUUAAGUGAAGAAUGCAUUGUCGUCUCCAGGGAAGGGUAUCCGGAAUCAUCUGUCAGCAUUUUGAAUAAAGACGGCACUGAAAUGCGGUGUUUUUUGGAAAAAGACGAGUUUAUGAAAGAAAAGUUGUUUUCGGAUCCCCGAUACUUAAAAGUCCGUAGAAAUGGAGAUGAGUUGAAAAUCUUCGUAACAGAUUUUCGCCUACGAACUGUGACAUGCAUUUCAUCACAGUGGUUGGAAGGUAGUUUUACCUCGCAGAGCAUCUUUCACGAUAAAAUGGGCGCCCCGUUAGGCGUUGACUAUGACGAUAAUGGAAACUUGCUAGUCUGUAGUAAUUCUACAGGCAAUGUACAGCAGGUAAUAUUAUGUACGAAUGAUUCUGAAAGGCAUCACCGUCUGCUAACACAGCAUCUCUGGCUCCCAAGAGCCGUUUCUGUCUUGAAGGGAGGAAAUAUGUUCAUGAUUACAUCUGACUCAGGACCGUGCAAAAAUCAUGUACUCGUUUUUGAAUUCAUAUCGAAAGCUUGCUGAGAAACAACAGCCGGAUGAUUAAAACAUCUUUAGUUUGGCAUUGUUGAAUGAUACCGGACUGUGAAACCAGAGAUAUAGACUUUGUAACAAUAUUUACCUUUAUCAAAGUACAGUGUGAUUAUUUAUAAUGUCAUUUUUUUGUAAAUGAACGGAUGGAUAUAUGAUUCAUUAUCAGGGACAUGUUAACAUGUAUGAGUGGAUGGUUACAGGCUAUGUUGCGUAGUAUAAAUUAUUUCAUUGAAAUGCUUCAUAUCUGAAUAUUCAUGUAUGCUUAUUUCUUUAAUUCAUUAAGGGCAUCUCCUGUAAUAAUUUAAAACUCCAUUUUAUCUUUGUAAAUACUGAUUAUUAUCCCCAUUAUGUACGUUAUAAAAGAUAAAAUGUUCUUGUGGUUGAUGAAAUUAUAUCAGAAGCAACGUGUUGUUAAUGCGUUUCAUUGUAUACAUGUAUUACUGUAACGUCAUUUUGCAAGAAAGGCAAAUACACAGAAUCAUAGUAAAAGUAUUAAAAUAUACUACUAUAAUAGGAAUAUCUUAAACAUGACACUGUUGAUCAAAAAGUCUACACUAUUUUUUAAGUAACUCUUUCUUGUGCUGUUGCCGAUUCACUGACAAAAAAAACAACGCACCGGUCAAUUAACCACCUCGGCUUAAUCACCUCGGAGACAGGACAGGAGCCCAAUUAGCCAAGUUCCUUCCUUUUUGUCGGCCCCCUCAAUGCUGGCUCAAUACCUUGGUUCUGCGCCGUGCAAAUCCUAGUAUCGGUGUUUUUCUUUAGCGAGUAUUUGACCACCUUACUGUCUCCUCUGUAUUAUGGGUUUUAUAAGUGGAAAAGCAAAAUAAAAUAUAUAUUUGUCAAUCCCAGCACAUGUACUGAUCCGUUUUGAAAAGAAAAUUCAUAUUUCAAACGUCUACAAGUUAAAUGUUGAUGCUGCACAUCAAAGACGUCGCCAAAUGAUGUGAACAGUCACAGCUAAUGUACAAAAUCAGAAUUGAAAAUCGUUCUCUAUAUAACAGCUGAAUAUCCGAAGCACUAAUUAAUUUUUUCUCCAUGUUCUUGGUAUGUGUCUGAAAUUCUGAAAUGUUUGUCUGUUGCGACAAAAAUUGAAACGUCUGGUCGAAGCAAAAUAAAUUGAAUAACAAGUGAAAUUGAAAUGAUCGAUAAACUUAAAAUGAAUUCAAGACAAUAUGUGCCGAGAAUAUGUCCAUUUAAAUAUUGGUGUGAAUUGCAUAAUGUUCGAAUUAUUUUGAGGACGAACUGUCAGUUAUUUUACAAAUAUGUCUGUAAUAUCAAAUAAUAGUUAUGAAUAAAUUGAUAUAUAUAAUCAA